AUGAAGCUAUCACCGAUACCCGCAGCUGUCAUACUCCUCGCUGCCCAAUGUGUAGCCGAAACCGUUGUUGUUGUAGCCGCGCCCCGAGCAGCGCCUAAAACCUCGCUAUCCCUACCAACGCGAACCUCCUCCCUGCCUUUCCCAAAUUCGCUACCCAGAGACGCCAAUACCAAUACCAAUACCAAUACCAAUACCAACACGACAACAAUAUCAGCGCCGACAGAGAUGAUGCCGACGAUGAUGAUAUCCACCGCCGGGCGCGAGGCGGCGGCGCCUAGGAUGACGCCGAAACCGGACUUCCAGCCCGGUGACGAGGCGGCGCUGAGUCUGCGCCAGAAGUGGCAUCUGACGACGUAUUGGAGCUGUGCGACGUUUGCGGCUGGGAGGGUCUUUUGCGGGUGGCAUGAGCCGGUACUGCCUGGUGGCGAUGAGAUUGCAGGUGCGAACGGGAGGGGAGAGACGAGGGGCGAGUUGAAGGCGUGGGCGGUUGGGGCGCUGGUGCUGGAGCUGGCUAUCGGUGCUGCGUUGUGA